CUGAGGAUGUGAGGAAGUGACAUUUUUCAGCGCUGCGGUUCGGGACAGCACUGCUCCUCUGCAAACAGGUGUGCUGCCGUCCGGGUCACUUCGGCUGGGGGAAAGCAUCACGGAGAGGCAGCGUCCCAGAACCAGAACCAGAAAAUAUCCAGGACGCGGGACAGCGGGGACCAGCGGAGGCGAAUCAGCCCGUUCAAGUAUUUUCUUUAUUAGCCUGGGCUAUUUAAACAGAGAGAGAGGCAGAGAGAGAGAAGGAGAGAGAGAGAGAGAGAGAGAGAGAGAGCGAGAGCAAGAGUGGGGGAGAGCAAGAGUGGGGGAGAGGGAGCGAUGGCAACGAAAAAGGCGUGCGUGGAUGCGACCAAAAGGAGCCGGAGCCCGGUCGUGUUGGAGGCGGAGAUGUUCAGUGAAUUUCAGGACUGGUGUCUCCGGACUUAUGGAGACUCCGGUAAAACAAAGACCGUCACCCGGAGAAAAUACAACAAAAUCAUGCAGACACUGUUGCAGAACGACGAGACGGACGGCGUGUAUAUCGACAACAGCCACAUUAACGCCAAAUUCAAAUUCUGGGUGAAGUCGAAAGGAUUUCAGGUCGGGACCAACGUGUUAGGAGAGCACAACAAGAAAGGAGCUCCAGGGAAACCCGUGCUAUAUGUCCCGGUCAAGUCAACGUGUUCAGAUGGGAAUUCAGCCCAGGACAACUCUUCCCUGAAGCGUGUAGCCGUGGUGGAAGACUUCUUCGACAUCAUUUAUGCCAUGCAUGUGGAGAUGGGUGCAGACCCCGGCAGAGCGCCCAAACAUGCAGGACAGAAGAAGACCUAUAAAGCGAUAGCAGAGACCUACGCCUUCCUGCCCAGAGAGGCGGUGACUCGCUUCCUAAUGAGCUGCGGAGAGUGUCAGAAGAGGAUGCACAUCAACCCCAGCACAGCCGAGUUCAAAGAAAAUGACCGGCCCACCUCUCUGGUCCCGGACCUCAUUGAUUACAACAUGCCUCUGACUGCCACCUACUUGAAGCAGAUGAAACUGCAGUGCAUGACGGCCACUGAGAGGGAUGACAGUUCGAUGAGCAGCGAGGACAUGAACAGCGCUGAGCCCACAUGGGUCGCAGCUGAGCAGCCCCCAGUGCCUGAGCCCAGCCCACCUAACGGGGAGAGAGUCAGCAACCCGGCAGCCAGCGUGAAAGAAGAGGACGAUGACGACUCCUCAGAGAGCGGCAGUGCCAACGGGCUGCCGGCCCUGACCUCCCCGGAGGUGCUGGCUGUGGGUGGGAACCCCCCAGAUGGUGGGGCCCCUUACGGGGAGGUGACAGAGAACGGGCUCAGCGCUCCCCUGGACUUCAGCACCACCUCGCCCUCGUCCUCCUCAGAGGAUCAGCAGCCGGUCAAUCUGAGCGACAGACUGCAGCCCGCAGGAAGCUCGCCGACGAACUCGUACCCGGCGGAAGCCAAUCGGAAGUACCCCGUCAAAACAGAGUUCGCCAACAAGUCCCCUCCGUACAGCUCAGGAAGCUAUGACUCUGUGAAAACUGAACUGAGCAUGAGCGCUGAGGACUUGACCUCUGGUCGGGCACAGAUAAUCGACGACGACGAUGACGAUCAUGACGACCACGAUGACAGUGACAAGAUCAAUGACGCUGAGGGGAUGGACCCCGAGAGACUUAAAGCCUUCAAUAUGUUUGUGCGUCUGUUCGUGGAUGAGAAUCUGGACCGCAUGGUGCCCAUCUCCAAACAGCCCAAGGAGAAGAUCCAGGCCAUCAUCGAGUCCUGUAGCCGCCAGUUCCCUGAGUUCCAGGAGCGCUCCCGCAAGCGCAUCCGCACCUACCUCAAAUCCUGCCGCCGCAUGAAAAAAGGCGGUAUUGAGAUACGACCCACACCUCCUCACCUCACCUCUGCCAUGGCUGAGAACAUCCUCGCUGCUGCCUGCGAGAGCGAAACCAGAAACGCUGCCAAGAGGAUGCGGCUUGAUGUCUACCCAGCGACGGAUGAGCCCUCGUCUGUUGACAAGCCCAACGGGAGGGACCCGGCCCCCGUGGCUCCGUCAGCGUUCUCCAUCUCCAGCGCAGCUUUUGCCCAAGACCAGCUCUACACCAACGGAGGCCUCAACUACAACCUGCGAGGGUAUGGGACAGUCGGCAGCAACCAGCAGAACUCUGGUGCUGCACAAACUAACGGUCCCACAGAUCUGAGUAUGAAGUCCGUUGUUCCCAACUCCACCUCCGCCAGCUCCAACAGUCACGGUCAGGGCGGCGGCGGUGGAGGAGCUUCGGCUCAGCUCAGCCCGCCCGAGGUCACAGCGGUGAGGCAGCUCAUCGCCGGAUACCGGGAGUCAGCCGCCUUCCUGCUCCGCUCUGCAGACGAGCUGGAAAACCUGAUCCUGCAGCAGAACUGAGCCCUAAAGCCUGAUAAUCAUCUCUCCGUCACACAUUUGGGGGCCGACUUGCAUUCAAAGACACAAAAAGAACACGAGUGAUACUGCAGUGCACUGUGGGUCCUUUAGGUAUGAUACCUUUACUUAUUCCCACAUGUAUAUGUAUUCUGACGGGCAAGAACGUGUCCCAGGCUGUUUCUUUAUGCAUUCGGUUCACUUUGACCUUAGUGCCCUGUUAUCCGUAGCCAUUCAUUCACCAUUCAGUUCAUCUUAACACCUCAACCUCCAUUCGUCUCAGGAAGUGAUGAUAAAUGUGAAAAAAAAAGUGAUCUGCAUCGAUACGCAGGGGAGUUUCAGAGGUGUUCGCUGUGACUAAAACACCAGAUUUGGCUCAUUUGUGUAGAUCUUUUGGAUAAAUUAAGAGUCAAAAAGCAGCAGGCCUUUCUUAUCUCCUUGUUCUUACUUUUUUUUUUAACGAUGUAAAAUAUGCUGUACAGUGGCACAAUCUGAUUGGCUCCUUUCUCCAAAUUAACUUCUGCUUCAUGGAAAACCUGGAGCGUUGUUUUCUGACAGCCCCAUCGAUGAAUCGCUGCUAAAUCCACUGACCUGUUCACCUCAAAAAGAUACCGAAGGAUGUAGAAAAUCAAAUCCAUGAGAGAGAACAAAAGAUAAACAGGACAACACUGAACAGUUUUCACCUGUAAAUUCUUACAAAGAAAUCAAUUGAUGUGGUCAAAACUUUACCUCGGCCCUGCUCUGUUGGAGUGGUUUCCAGAUUGUUUUGGCAUGAGGUGAUGAAGAGGCACAGACUCAUUAUCCUACGUGAGUUUAUUUUCAGUUUAAUUGAUAUGACUAAUUCUAUCACAGAUAAUUAGUUUUGACUCCAAAUGGAAAGGAGGCUUUACAGAAGCAUGGGUAUGCAAAUUGAGGUUGCAGGCAUCUGUCAGGGAAACAAAGGAGAUUAAUGUAUUGUUUAGACUCUUGGUUUUUAUAACCAAUGCGACUGGAAAAGCAGAGAAAGGUGCAAUAUCAAAGAUAAUCAGUAAAGGUGGUCUUACUGAGAAGGCUUUGUCUCACUCGCUCAACAGUUUGAGGCAAAAAUGGAAGGAGUCGUUGACAAGAAUCUCCUCGCAAGUUGUUAAAGGAGAACCGAUAUCCCAUGCAGCAUUGUAGCCGAUAUCAAUGUUGUUUGUUGUGAUCCUUAUCGAUAACCUCAUAACUGGGGCACUUUCAUGUAUUUGGGAUUAGCAGUGAUUAAAAAAAAAAAAAGAAAAAUGGAAAAAUGGGACCUGGCAGAAAAAUGAGACUUAAUGUUGCACGUCUGAUUUUGAAGUCAUUUUGUGAAGUUCUGUGAGUGUUUCUGAGUGAAAACGAGCUCACGUGCAUCCAUUAGUGACGGUCAAACGGUAUCAGCUUAACGUACACACGGCUUUACUGGAUGCGGCGAGUGUGUAUGGGCUGCUCAGACAGUUAAAAAAAAACGAAAAAAACACUCCCAUCAUCAAGCCGUCUGGCGGUGUGUAUCAUCCUCUCUGACCUCAGCACCCUCUCUCUCUCAUCUCCACUCAUCGAUAUCACGUCUGAAAAACACACUGUUUGAAAAGAAGCAAGAGACAAUCUUUGAAAAGAUGUUAUCGCAUCACAGUUUACUCUCCCAGCUUUCUGCUCUGCUGUGCGUGUGUGUGUGUGUGUGUAAGUGUGUGUAAGUGUGCGUAAAUGUGAGUGUGUGUGUGUGUGGUCUAAGGGCACAACAGAGCACUCAAAGCAGAUCUAGAGCACAGUCUCACAACAGACACUUUUAACAGUGAGUCACUCGGCACAAAAAACAGUCAUGUAAGUGUGUGUAUGUGUGUGUGUGUGUGUGUGUGUUUUAUUUAAUUUUUUUGAGGUGAUGUAAAUGUUAUUGACAGUGUGUAGAUUUCUCUCGUGUGUAUAAAAGUGGAGUGACCCAGUUUGUACGGCAUCAAUCUGUGAAGAUUUUAUGAAUCCAGUCGGCUGAAACAUUCCAAACACGGACGAUGACUCUUCGAGGCAGCCUGAGAAGAGGCUCGCACCUUAUCAAUCCGUCAAGGUUUAGAGAAAUAUUUCUUUAUUUAUCACAAAUCUAUCAAAGUUAUCGGUUAUUUAUCAUAAAUCAGCGUCAUUCACCACCAACAGGCUGCUCUAGAGUUGGAUUUCAAACUUUUAAAAAAAACCCUCAUUUUUACAUUUUAUUUCCUAUAUCAUAUUGAGCUGCAUUGCAUUUACAUUUGAAUGACCUAUUGCAAGUUUGGAAGCACUUUAUAGCUCAGGAUUAAGGUAACAUAACACAGAGACUGGCGUGUGUCUUUACCUCAUUUGGAUGAUGAGAUUCAGUGUAAACAUGUAAAGAUCUUAUAACAGGACAGUUAAAGAAGCAGCCCUCUGUCUGGUUUAUUGAUGAUUUAAAAAAAAAAAACAAGCAGCUCUUGGUUUGGAGCUGAGUUUGAACUCAUCAGUUUGUAAAGUGGGCGGUGUUUCAUGAAGCAGGGCGUCGAGUGAAAAGCGUGAAGAACAAAAAUGGAUCUGCUUCGUAAAAGUUGGCUGAUGUGAGCGGUCACGUUUUAUAUGACGACUUCGAUCGUAAAUUCAAAGUGAAGAAAACAGGCAAACUAAAUGGUUUGCAGCCUCGAAUCAAAACAUAUCAAAUGCACCGUAUGGAAAGCAAAACAUCACAAUAAAAAGGUACAAAUCACUGCAGUAAAGACAGUAAAAGAGCUUUUGGCUGCACGGCGAUAUGUAAGGUGGGAGUUAUUGUUUCUCAUAACCUACAAAAGUUUAUCAUCUGAACCUGCAGCUAGCAUCAGACUCACAGUUUAUAGUGUGAGUCAUCUCAUUGUUAAGCUUUCUAAUACUUUACUGUUUGGAUUCACUUAUUGAAUGUUAAAAGUGUCCCUCUAAACCAACUGUCUGCCACCUGCUCAGCAUCAGACAGCUGACAGAUUAAGUUAGCAGCCAGCGCACUAGUGGAACAUACAGCAGCCAAAGGGGGAGAGUUGGUAGAACACAACUCUGAAAAACAGAAACAUUUUCUCCACAAGUGCUUGUUUAAAAAAGGAGCAUCUUACACUGUGGUGUUAGUGUUGUGUUCACUACUUGUUUCUGCUGCCCCCUAGUGGCCACAAGACAUCAGUUAUUAUCAGUUACUCAAAAAUACAACAGCCAAAGCCUCUUUUUCUUGGAGCUGUUGGAUAUAUUUCUGGAUUUCUGUCCCUGUCUUCGGUGAAAUUAAAAGAAAGAAAACAUGGGGAAACAUUUCUAAGUGAAGUUAAAUCUAAAAUCCAAAGUCAGUUCACCAGCUUUAAUGUAGGCGCUGUGUAUUUUAAAGCAUAUACAUUGAUUCAGAUGUUGUGCAGGACAAUUUUUAAUGAAAAGUUAAGUUUUGAAUAUGAAUUCUUUUUUUUUUUUGGCAUGCAAAAAUGUAAUAUUAAAACUUCAGCAGUAAAAACGAAGCUCCAUUAGAACACCAUGUUUGUGUCUUAAAAGUCGAUUGUAACAAUGUGAAGAUGCAGCCUCCAAGCUAGUGAGAGCCGGCUCAUUUGAACCUCCUUUAUGAAACAGAUCCUGACUUAGUCUUGGUUUCAAACGUUAGUCCUGCUCGAUGAAACGCCCCUACGGGCUCAAACAGACGUAAUCAUAGAUGUACGUGGGACCCGAGUCCUCAUACAUGUCUUCCUCGUGUUGUUUUCCUCACGUCGCGUCUAACUCAGUGAUUUCAUGUCCUCACACUUAGCUUGCAGAUUUGUAAAACUGUCUUGAGUCGACGCUGAGCAACAUUUUAUAGCUGUUUGCUGGAGUAACUGUGAUCAACGACGACCGUGUGUUGUCAUGUUGUUGUUGUUUUCUUUUCUAAUGAUGCCCAAUGGAUUUUUCUCUUUGUAUUGACUGGACAAUGUAAUCUAUUGGUGUGGAUUAAAAAUGCCCUGGUAGCUUGUGGAUUGCUAAAGUGGUCAGAUAAAUGUACUGUAUAGCUGUACAAAGAGUGAUAAAAGAUGUUUUAAACUUUUCUUUUUUUCUGUGGGUACAGCACUGUUUAAAAAAAUCAAAGUGGUUUUAGCCCUUGCCUGUUUUAACUUAUCAUUUGGUGGUGUUCUGUAUUUCUUCGAUUGUUAUUUAUAUGAUUUCAACUGUUGCCUCUCCUGCACUGAUAAGAGACUGUAGCUCUGUGCAGGAGCUCGUACUGUAAACCUGUGUGAAGCUUUGUAUUUCUCCCCUCUGGUUUUGGACUCAGUGAAAGUGUGAUGUUUACAUGUACAGUUUUUAAGAAGUUUACGUUUUAUUCGGGCUAUUUCUUUUUCCUCUCCUCAAUCUGUGUACAUUUGCCCAGAUACUUUUCCUCUUUUUUUUUUUUUUUGUUGUUGUUGUUGUUGUUGUUGUUUCAUUGCAUCAGACGUGUGACCUCUUUGACUUCUUGGUCACAGGGUCCGAGUGUGCCGUGGUCGGCUCGGUGUUGUGGUGGCUUCCGAUAUUUUUAAAAACUUAAAAUGUUAAAAAUAAGGGAGCAUCACAACUUCUCAAAGUGGACCAGCGAAGAUUUAUUAAGGAUCAAGACGACUUUAAUCAGCUGUUUUAGAAAACUAUCGUGGCCUAAAUGGAGAUCGGUGGAGAGUAGGUACAUUCAUUCAACUACAUGAAGUGCUCAGAAUCUUUAAAUUUCCCGACUUCUGUCAGGGAAAAACUCCUUGUCCUUAACCUGACUGGUACCCUGAAAAGGUACACUUUGACAUGUUGUUAAAUCUCCUCGGUAUAACACAAAAGCCAUUCCCCUCUCCUGGCCUUCUAAGGGGAACCCAUAAACCUCAGGAAAUACUGAAUCUCCGAGUUUAGUUUUUAUCCGCUGAUUUCUUCUGAGAUGAAACGAAAACCAUUAACAUUUAUAUGAGAUGUCUAUUGUUUUGUACAUUGAUCAUUGUGAUUUAAAAGUGGAGCUUUUUCCAGUACCUGUGACUUAAUAUCUUGAUUUGACUUUUUUGGAGUGUUUAUAGGUAUGGAUAUUUAUUAUUAUAUGUGAAACUACAAAAAGACAAAAGAAAAAGGUUGAACCUGUUUCAUUUGUAUGUUUCAUGCAAAACUGUCCAGGUGAGAUUCUCUCUGCCUCUUACAUAUCACUUACGAGGGACCUGUGUUUGUUUGGAAAAAAUAGCGCUUUUUCAGUGUUGCAUCAACGCUAUGAAGAAAAAAAUCAACAAAAAACAAAACAACAACAGUGGGUUACCAACAACAGAGCUGCACAGCUCUCCUCUUCUCCUGAGAUGUCAGUAAUUGAAUAAAAAUAGUGCGAUGAGCUAUCUUACUGAGA